AUGAUAUCAUCUGCAAACCAGAAAAGUUUAAAGGUGAAUUUAUGUGAAUGGAUGUCUGAACUUCCGCUACAAAUAACACGUCAAGCAAUUAAUACAUUAGCCAUUCCAGGCUCUCAUGACUCUUCUACAUAUUCAAUCAACAUUGCAAGCAGUAUAUCUCCAGAUAGUCCAUUAUACUGUAUGAAGAAAUAUCUUCCAGAUUAUUUUUUAAGUCGACUUAGUUAUCCAUGGUCUGUGACUCAAUCACUUAGCCUUAUUGAACAGUUACAAAUUGGAAUUCGUUAUUUUGACUUACGUAUUUGUACUAAGAAGUCUAAACUGAAGUCUUUGGAAGGAUCUGAUAAAUUCUAUUUAGUUCAUGGUCAGUAUGCACGACCAAUUGGUGAAGAACUGCAGAAUAUACGUGAAUUUAUACAAAAAUAUUCCAAAGAAGUGAUUAUUCUGGAUAUCAAUCAUUUUUAUUGUGCAACAAGUGCAAAACAGCUACGUCAUUUUGAAGAACUGGUAAUAAGUCUUAUUGGGUCUUUCAUGUUACCUCAGGAUAAGAAGAUACCAACAUUAGAUGAAAUAUGGGCUACAGAUUACAGAAUAAUAUGUAUCAGUUGUCAUUUUAAAGAAUACCAAAAACUGAAUAAAAAGUUUUGGCCAUCUUUUAGAAUUGUAUCAUUUUGGCCGAGGUCUACAGAUCCAGAGUAUAUGGUCUACUUUCUUAACGCUCAUUUCGGACCUCAUUUUUGCAAAGAUCCAUCAAAAUUUUAUGUUUAUCAAACUGUUUUAACACCGAAUAAAUUAUUCAUGAUUAUGCAUCCAUUUGGUUCAGUAAAACGAAUUGCUGAAGUUGCUGCUCCAUACAUUAAAGACUGGAUAAAUACACCAGUUCGUCAAGCCGGUUUGAAUGGUUUAAGUAUAGUGGUUAUUGAUUUCUGUUCAAUGUUCUACGCUUCGUAUUGUGAAGAUAUAAUCAAAGUGAAUUAUAAAACCUGGUAUAGUUAA